GCACAAAAUCCAGGGGUGUUCCAGAGCUUUUUUCUGGUGCCAGUGGAGUGGUUUGUUUGAGUUUCCACAAACUGGACAUUUUUAUCUGUCAAAACAUUGAAUGUGAGAAAAAUUACAAAUGUGUCUUUAUAGCAGGUAGGCUACAUGAUUAUACAGAAUGAACAAACUUUGUAUUUUUUAUUGUCUCAAAUCUUAAUAAUAUGAUCAUCAUUGCUGCAUUCUUGUGAAUUCUUUGUCUAAUUACCAUAGCGACACCUAUUCAUUUAAAGUUCCUUGGUAUUGCUAUGGUAACUGGACAAAGUAAAGAAUUUGGAAUUCACAAUGUAGAAAUACUGAUUCUAUUCUUAGCAUUUCAAGACAUUAGACUCAAAAUAGAAUACAACAAAUCUAAAUGAUUGGACUUAUAGGAAAGACAAAGUUAGAAUAAUUGUUAACAUUUUUUUUAUUAGAUAAAUGUUUAACUGUUUAUUUAAAUCCAUUACUCAAGAACUGUUCCAAGUUUUACACAAUGACAACUGCCAAUGCUACAGUAAGAUUUCAAGCAUGUAAUUUAAGCAUUCGGUGAAGUGGUUUCACAUCCUGGCUAUAAUAAAGUUUGGGGUUUUGACUCAUAUCCACACAGGAAGAAUAAUUUGAUCUAGCCCAUAUUUGUGCUUCAACACGUGGUUAUGAGAAAGACCAAUUCUGCUUCUGCCUGUAUAUAUUACAUAUCAUGGUUGUGUGCGACUACAGCAGACCAAAUCCUCACAUAGAAGUCAGGGGAAGUUCGAACUAGCUUGUCAUUCAGGUCUUGUCCCACUGAUGGACUGCAAGCGCAAGCUUAAGUGAAUGUUAAUAGCCGGCAUACCCCAUACAUCCCAUCCUAAAAUGAACAGCACAGUGUCUCCAUCCGUGUUGCCUCUGGACAACAGAAGUCUCUCUGAGUCCUGUACAGUGGAACCCCAACACGUGUCCAUCACUGUUUUCCUCCUGGUUGUCCUGGUUGGUUUCUUCCUCAACAGUUUCAGUCUGUGGGUCUUCUGCUGCCGUAUACCACAGUGGAGCUCUGGUACUGUCCUGCAGUUUCAUUUGGCUGUCAGUGACACUGUUAUCACACCAGUUGCACCAUUAAUGGCAACAUACUUUGUUAUGGGUAGCCACUGGCCCUUUGGAGCUUUUCUGUGCAAGCUGAAGAUUGCCUUGCUGAGCAUUCACUUCUAUGGCAGUAUCCUGUUCCUAACACUCAUCAGCAUUCAUCGAUACGUGGUAGUUGUCCAGUUUAAAAGGGGCUCCUGUAUGAAACGAAAGGCGUUUGUUCAGAAUCUGUGUGCUGGAGUCUGGCUGGUUUUGUUGGCUAAGGGAAUUGCCUGUUUCUUCUUAUUAAACACAAGCCCAAUGGGAAACCGCACACAAUGUCUCAGCAUUCAUCAGGAAAAAUACAUUGACGUCUACUUCGCCAUCAACUUCGUUAUGCUCAUCCCUGGGUUCCUGCUGCCUCUCUCAGUGGCAGUGACCUGCUAUGUUCAGCUAGCAAGAUCAAUGUCUCGUAUCAAUAUCAACAUGUCCAAGGGCCGUGAUAUAAAGGCCAAGUCACGUAAAAUGGUGGCCAUGUGUCUGGUGAUAUUUGCACUGUGCUUCACUCCUCUGAACGUGAUACGAACUGUGGCUGUCAUAUUAAAGAAGUACUUUCCAGAACAAUGCAGUCUUCUCCUGCAGGUGGAGACUGCAUACUAUAUCUCCUGGAUUUUGGCUGGAGCAAACUGCUGCCUGGACCCAUUGCUUUAUUGUUUUGGAUCACACAACUUUGUCAAGGCUAUUCAUAGGUCUCUCAGAAAAUUUGAUGUCAAGUUUAAAGAAGACCCGGCCACAAAUGACCAGAUCAUCUAUGAUACUGCUAUUGAUUCUCCCUCCAUUGAUUUAGAAGACAUCCACACCCAGCAUUCGAACAUGUCUUGAAUAAGGAACCUCAUA